AUGUCAUCUCCGCCGCCCACCACCACGUCAUCCGCGCCUCCGCCCGUUCCUUCGGCCGCCGCCACCACGGCGGGUUCUCCAGCGGCCGCCACGACGGCGGGCUCCGCCGCGCCGGCGCCCGUCAUCUACACGCCCGAGCAGAUGAGCGGGGUCGUCAACGACCUCGUCACCGCGGUUCAAGGCAUCCGCCUCUACUUGAUCGGUUCCCGGGGGCCCCCGACACCGCCGCGGCCGGCCAUCUUCUCCGUGCCGACGCCCGCACCGGGGGUUCCGCCCUUCCACGGGCGUUCCGCUGCGAGCCUCCGCCGGCGCCGGCCCAGCCCCGGCCGCAAUGGCCACCGUCCGCCCCCGCCAGCCCAAGCGCCGCGAAGCAGCGGGGCGUCCCCAUCCACCGGAUCCGCUUCCCCGUCGCCGUCUCCGCUGCCGGCGUGGCUCACCGCGUCGUCGACUCAGCCGGUCUACACCACCGCCGCCGAGCCGCCGAUGCCCUCCCUCCCGGGCACCGCCCCCGGGGGGUAUGCACGCCCCUAUGAGGCGCGCCCCGACGCGCACGGCCCCGGCGGGGUGACACAGCCACCGCCCCGCUACACCAAGGUCGACUUCGCCACCUACGAUGGGUCGGAGGACCCCCUGAACUGGCUUAGCCAGUGCGAGCAGUUCUUCCGCGGGCAGCGCACCCUGACAUCGGAUCGCACCGGCUUGCCUCCCUAUCACCUCCGGGCGCCGCCCGGACGUGGUACUACUCCCUCGAGCAAGACGAGGGCGGCAUGCCUCCCUGGGACCAUUUUCGGGAGCUAUGCCUCCUUCGCUUCGGCACUCGCCUGCCACGCUCCGGGUGUCACGGGGCAACAGCGCACGGAGCUCUUCGUCGGCGGACUCCCGGAUCACAUACGGGUGGACGUGGAACUCCAGGCUCCCCACGACCUGCAGACGGCGAUGCACUACGCUCGGGCGUACGAGCGCCGAGCCCAGGCGCUGCAGCCGCCUCCCCGAGUCGCGGGGCCCGGCCACCCGCCCGCCCCCGCCGGCCGUAGCGCCGGCCACGCGGCCAGCACCGGACGCUCCCGCAGCGACGCAGCGUACCUUUCGGCGCCUCAUCCCAGCGGAGCAGUUGGAGCGCCGACGCCUCGGCCUGUGCUUUAA